UUGACACAAGAAAGAUCGACUCGGAAACAUGGCAGAAAUAGCACCAGCGCCAAUCAGAACCUCGGUAAACUCGGCAAACUCGGCUAACAUUCCGAUGAAGAAGUCCACUUCUCGGAUCAAGAAGGAUGGACCCAGCAUCUCCAAACUCAUCGUGAACGCAGUGGCCGACUCCAAUGAACGUAAAGGGGUUUCUCUGGCGGCCCUCAAGAAACUCCUGGCCAGGAAUGGCGUCGAUGUGACCAAGUCCAACAAGCGCAUCAACAGCACUAUUACCAAGCUAGUGACAAGUGGAAGCCUGAGCCGGACUAGAGGGACUGGAGCAUCCGGGUCCUUCAAGAUACCUAAAGAUAAGGAUAAGGCUAAGAAGAAGCCCAAAACCGCAAAACAAGCGAAAAAGGCAACUCCGAAGAAGAAGGCUCCCGCCAAGGCAAAGAGACCAGCCUCCAAGAAGUCACCGAAAAAGUCACCGGCGAAGAAACCAGCCAGGAAGUCUCCGAAGAAGGGACCGGCAAGGAAACCAGCCAAAAGGGUAAAAGGGAGCCCUAAAAGGAGCACCAAAAAGAGCCCCAAAAAGAGUCCCAAAAAGGCCACAGCUAGGAGGCCGAAGCCGGCUAAGAGACCGGCAGCUAAAAAAGGCCCGGCAAAAAAGCGCCCAACUAAAAGGGCCAGGAGGAGCUACUGGUAAACACCUGCUUCACUCACUGCGCAAAGCACCAAAGGCUCUUUUAAGAGCCAC